UAGUGGCACGACAAAAGCUCACACAUUUCAAAGUACUGCUGCAGUGAGACGGAAGAAUAACUAGCAAAGUGCGGUCCCCAGCUCCAUAACCAUAAAACAGAUUCUUUCCACCGCUCCAUUACUUUCAAUAACCGAAAGAGAGAAAGGGUUUGCACAGGAAAAGCAAGGGAAUGGCUUUCAGAAGCGCGAUCACACGCCGGUUGAUCAGGCAGAAGAAGAAUGCGAUGGGAGCAAGAUCCAUGUCAUUAUGGUGGCAGAGCGUUGAGCCAGCUCCAAAAGAUCCGAUCCUCGGAGUAACCGAGGCUUUUCUUGCCGACCCAAGUCCUGCUAAAGUCAACGUUGGAGUUGGUGCGUACAGAGAUGAUAAUGGAAAGCCAGUUGUUUUGGAAUGUGUUAGAGAAGCAGAGCGUAGAAUUGCUGGCAACUUAAACAUGGAAUAUCUUCCGAUGGGAGGGAGUGUGAAUAUGGUAGAAGAAACAUUGAAAUUAGCCUAUGGAGAGAAUUCUGAGUUCAUUAAAGACAAAAGGAUAGCAGCAGUGCAAUCCCUCUCUGGGACUGGAGCAUGCCGACUUUUUGCAGAUUUUCAAAAGCGUUUUCGACCUGAUUCCCAAAUCUACAUACCAGUUCCAACAUGGGCUAAUCACCAUAAUAUUUGGAGAGAUGCUCAGGUCCCUCAAAACACCUAUCAUUACUAUCAUCCAGAGUCCAGGGGCUUAAAUUUUGCAGCACUGAUGGAAGACGUUAAGAGUGCUCCAGAUGGCUCAUUCUUUCUACUUCAUGCUUGUGCUCAUAAUCCUACUGGUGUUGAUCCAUCUGAGGAAGAAUGGAGAGAGAUUUCACAUGUAUUCAAGGUAAAAAAUCACUUUGCCUUCUUUGAUAUGGCGUAUCAAGGUUUUGCUAGUGGUGAUCCAGAGAGAGAUGCAAAAUCCAUCAGGAUUUUCCUCGAGGAUGGUCAUCAUAUUGGCAUUGCCCAAUCAUAUGCGAAAAAUAUGGGGCUUUAUGGCCAGAGAGUAGGAUGCCUCAGUGUGCUCUGUGAAGAUGAGAAACAAGCAGUGGCUGUAAAAAGUCAGUUGCAGCAACUUGCAAGACCCAUGUACAGCAAUCCACCUGUUCAUGGUGCACUUAUAGUCUCGACUAUCCUUGGGGACCCAGACUUGAAGAAAUUAUGGCUCAAGGAAGUGAAGGUAAUGGCUGAUCGCAUCAUCUCCAUGCGGAUGGCUCUGCGAGAAAACCUUGAAAAACUGGGUUCACCUUUGUCAUGGAAGCACAUUACUAAUCAGAUUGGCAUGUUUUGCUAUAGUGGGAUGGCACCUGAACAAGUUGAUCGUUUGACAAAAGAAUUCCAUAUCUAUAUGACCUGUAAUGGCCGAAUCAGUAUGGCUGGCGUUACAACAGGCAAUGUGGGAUAUUUGGCAAAUGCUAUACAUGAGGUCACAAAAUCUGGUUAGGCUCAUGAGCAGAAGCUAGAGGUUAUAGGUGCAUACUGCAUAGGGUGACAGUGUGAAAGGAGUUAAAUAUCUUCUUUUCUUUUCUUUUUUUCCCUCUUCCCCUUUAAUGAUUUGGGAAGGGACAAUAAAUUAUUUCUGCUGGAGUCAAGUUCCUGCAGUGUUGAGCAGAGUACAAUUUACAGACCAUACUUUAGGGAGUUUAUUAGCAACUGAGGAGCAAUGUUGAUUUGUUCCUUCGGAUGAGUCAUACUCAAGUUUGCCUGCUUUGAAAUAAAUUGGCAAAACGAUUUUGUUCUUUACCUCCUAAGAAAUAAUAAUUAUUUUUUUUUAAAAAGAAA